AUGAAAUUUUUAUUGAUAUUUUCUGCUGUAUUUGCCAUAGUUUAUGGACAACACGUGGCCGCCCACAUUCGGCGUCAAAAUUUGGCGAAACAAGCGCAAGAGAGAAUCGCCGCACAGAGCUAUGAUGCAUCACAAAGGCCACCCGUUAAAGGUUGCCAUUAUCCAACGCAUUCAUCAUUCAUCGUCUGCUUUCUCGAGGGUGCAAGUCACACGGCCGUCGCGGUGAUCGUCUCGAUUUUCAUCAAUCGGAUAGUCUGGCAUGAUGAAUAUGCGGAAAUCGAUUUACGUCUUCGUCAAGAAUGGGAGGACUCCCGACUCGCCUACGAGAUCGAUUCAAGAGAGGGAGUGGCUGAGGUCUCCCUCCCGGCGGGCAAGCAAAUCUGGACCCCGGGCACCUACAUCAGCAAUGCAAAGGAGAAGGCUCACGACUCGGUUGAGCGAAGCAAGAUGCUUAUCGAUCCGACCGGCUAUGUCAAAGCGCAAACGGGUCGCACCAUCUACGUUCCGAUCACCUAUGGUACGGCGUUUCCUUUCCUCAAUCAGCGCACGUUUAAACUUCGACUCUCAAGCUACAAUUACCCAAUCGAGGAUGUCGUGUAUGUUUGGGCGAACUCCGGGCCAAAUGUGCUCCCACUUGAGGUUUCCGAGGAUUUGAUGGAGGGUGCGAUCAAAUUCGAGGAAGUCGCCGCCGGGGAUUGCCUCGGGAAUUACACAUUUGGUGUUUACCCGUGUGUCGACGUGGAUGUCACCUUUUCCUCAUCGACUUUCGGCGGUUUUGCGCGCAUCUUUCUGCCGAGUAUUCUCUUGGUGGUCGCCUCGUGGUUGCAUUUCUGGGUUCAUGGCUCAUGGUCUGUUCCAAGAACGAUCUCCGCCGCCGGUCCAUUUCUCAUCUUUGCUGCUCUAUUCAUGUUCGGCGGAUCGGCUCUCCCCUCAAAAGUCCCCUCAUUGUGGUGUUGGUUGGCGUUUUGUUUGUUGCUCACAUUUCUCUCGUUUCUCGAGUAUUUCCUCGUGAUUCUUUGUGGAGUCAGAAGAAACAUUCGCUAUGUGAAUGGACGUGGAUCGACGGCCGAUGAUCGCUUGCUGAAUCCGGGAAAUGAGACGCUCGAAGUGGUUUACGACGGUAAAUGCGCGUCUUUCCGUCAGAAUAAUGGAUUGGAUUUGAUCUCGAGGAUUUUGUUCCCGAUUCUUUUCCUCAUUUGGUGCAUUCUCUACUUUUUCGUCUUG